CAGGAAGAAAUUCAGACCGAGUGGUACUUGUCAUACAGCUUUUUAGUUUUUCUGAGACGUUGUUUACCAUCCACAUUCCUUGGUGGGCGUAAGAAGGACAUUUACAGAAACAUUUGUUGCCCUCUGAUAUGGUUCAUGUCAUAGCCAAAGCAUGCUGCCGUGUUAAUGGCUGAACUAUGAAGGCACAACUUCAAGUCACUGUUCUGUCGGCCAAACUGAAGGAGAACAAAAAGAACUGGUUUGGCCCCAGUCCGUACGUGGAGGUGGCUGUGGACGACCAGUCGAAGAAGACGGAGAAAUGCAACAACACCCACACCCCCAAAUGGAAGCAGUCACUCACAGUAAUUGUCACACCUUUCAGUAAGCUCAUUUUCCGGGUAUGGAGUCAUCAGACGCUGAAGGCCGACUUCCUAUUGGGCGUGGCCACAUUGGACAUGAGUGAAACCCUCAAGUCCAAUGAUAUGAAACUCUCUGAGGUGGUGCAGAUCUUACAGCUGUGUUCAGACCAGGACAACACAGACGUGGUGGGAGACCUGUCCAUCUGUCUGGAUGGCGUGCAGGUGGACCCAGAGACCUUUGCCUCUGCAGAGAGAGACUAUGCAGCUACUGCUCCCAACAGGGAUGUGAGGCAGAACGAAGAUGGAGGCAACAGGUCCAGCAGAGACACGUCACCUUCCAGUGACUCUACAGAGGACUGGGUGAUCAUCCCCAAUGGCCACGAGAUCAACUGCACGGGGUCUCCCGCCCCAUCCCCAGGGGGCUCCAAGUCCACACGCCCCCCCAGACCUGCUCGUCCUCCUCCACCCACCCCUCGCAGACCAGCCGCCUCCCCAGCGUCCUCUAGCAGCUCCACUCCCAGCGACGUGAGCGAGCCCCCGGCUUCAGACGGCUCCUCCUCAGACCCCCCUCCGGAGAACGGCGCAGAACCCCCACAGGCAGCCAACACCAGCGGACCGGAAGCCAUUGGGGCACCCCCAGCCGGAGGGCUCCCCCAACUCGGCCCUGUCAGCAACGGCCCACUGCCACCGGGCUGGGAGCAGAGGGUGGACCAGAAUGGGCGCAUGUAUUACGUGGAUCACAUUGAAAAGAGGACGUCAUGGAACCGACCCGAUUCUCUCCCCUCUGGGUGGGAGCGGCGCGUGGACCCAAUGGGCAGGGUGUACUUCGUGGACCACAUCAGCCGGACCACCACGUGGCAGCGCCCUACGCAGGAGUCAGUGCGUAACUUUGAGGAGUGGCAGCACCAGCGCAGCCAGCUGCAGGGGGCCAUGCAGCAGUUCAACCAGAGGUUCAUAUUUGGGCUCCAGGAUCAGCAAAUAGCCGCAGCAAACAAAGAGUUUGACCCGCUUGGGCCACUGCCACAUGGCUGGGAGAAGCGAACAGACACCAACGGCAGGGUAUAUUUUGUUCACCACACAUCGCGGAUGACCCAGUGGGAGGACCCACGGACGCAAGGGCUGCUUAAUGACAAGCCACUACCUGAAGGCUGGGAGAUGAGGUUCACUGUGGACGGCAUCCCCUACUUUGUGGACCACAACAGGAGAACCACCACCUACAUCGACCCUCGCACAGGCAAAUCCUCCCUUGAGAAUGGGCCUCAGAUCACCUACGUCAGGGACUUCAAAGCCAAAGUGCAGUACUUCAAGUUCUGGUGUCAGCAACUGUCAAUGCCACAGCACAUCAAGAUCACCGUCACCCGCAAAACCCUCUUUGAGGAUUCAUUCCAGCAAAUAAUGAGCUUUCAUCCACAAGAUCUCAGACGGAGGCUGUGGAUAAUAUUCCCCGGAGAGGAAGGCUUGGACUACGGAGGAGUGGCAAGAGAGUGGUUCUUCCUGCUGUCUCAUGAGGUGCUGAACCCCAUGUACUGCCUGUUUGAGUACGCUGGGAAGGAUAACUACUGUCUCCAGAUCAACCCUGCCUCUUACAUCAACCCCGACCACCUCAAGUACUUCAAGUUCAUUGGACGCUUCAUCGCCAUGUCCUUGUUCCACGGGAAGUUCAUUGAUACGGGAUUCUCCCUGCCCUUCUACAAGCGCAUCCUGAACAAGCCCCUGGCCCUAAAGGACCUGGAAUCCAUUGACACGGAAUUCUACAACUCCCUCAUCUGGAUCAAGGAUAACAACCUGGAGGAGUGUGGUCUGGAGAUGUUCUUCUCUGUGGACAAGGAGAUCCUGGGGGAGGUUACUACUCACGAGCUGAAGCCGGACGGAGGCAACAUACUGGUCACUGAGGAGAACAAAGAGGAAUACAUCAGGCUGGUGGCAGAGUGGAGGUUGUCCAGAGGGGUGGAGGAGCAGACCCAGGCCUUCUUCGAGGGCUUCAACGAGGUCCUCCCCCAGCAGUACCUGCAGUACUUUGACGCUAAGGAACUGGAGGUGAUGCUGUGUGGCAUGCAGGAGAUAGACCUGGUGGACUGGCAGAGGCACACCAUCUACAGACACUAUGCUCGUAGCAGCAAGCAGAUCCUCUGGUUCUGGCAGUUUGUGAAGGAGAUGGACAACGAGAAACGCAUGAGGCUGCUACAGUUUGUCACUGGCACCUGUCGGCUCCCCAUGGGUGGCUUCGCUGACCUCAUGGGGAGUAAUGGACCACAGAAGUUCUGCAUCGAGAAGGUGGGCAAAGAAAACUGGCUUCCAAGAAGUCACACUUGCUUUAAUCGACUGGACCUGCCCCCCUACAAGAGUUACGAGCAACUGAAGGAGAAGCUGAUGUUUGCCAUCGAGGAAACUGAGGGCUUCGGACAGGAGUAGUAACACACGGCAGCCUAAAUGGCCACCACGAGGAGCCAUUCUCUACGCACUUUGAUCUGUCUAGGUUUCAGGCAGCUGCACUUUUUCCCCCAGGUCCUGGCUCUCUUGAGAUGGGCAGGCACUAACAGACGCGUCCCUUUCUGUCAGUCCGGAGCCACGUUAUACAGACCCCCAAAGUCAUUACACCUGAGGUGGAAUCACUGUCUCCAUGGUGACGACCCUUCAUACUGAAUGAUUCAGCUUUCACCCCCUGACCUGUGUAACCCUGUUGAAGCUUGCCUUAUUCUGCCUAAUCAGACCACGUGUCCGGGAAGAGCGAGAGAGAGAGAGAGAGGAAGGGGAGGGGAUGUUCCCUCCCCAUGUCACAUCUGCCUGUCACCUCUUCACCACAGUAGUUAAUAAUCACGGAAGAUAUUCACGACAAUGUCAGCUGUUUAAUUUCUUCCCCUUCGUCUUCCUGAGCGCAGACUGUUGAGUGUAUGAAUGAAUGCUAGAAUUGUGUGCUGCUGACUCUUCCAAAGAAGUCCCCUUGUCAAUUUGUGACAUUUAGAGUGUUUUAGUUGAUUUAACAUGUUGCUUUCCAGAUGAAAUAUAGAAUCUUAAGACAUUUACUUUGCUGGUACACCACGGUUGUGGUGGUAAGGGUUUUUGUGAAUGUUAUGAUGAAAAGCUUUAUUUUUGGCGUGCAAUAGUUUUACAGUCAGAUGUUUAUGCCCUUUAUAUAGAUAAACCAGACAUUCAUUAAUUACCUCAACCCAAAGUUUUUGUUUAUAAAGUCAGUUGUAAUCAAGUCUACGUAUUGAUUUCAACCCUGAAUAUUGAAAAGGGUUUUAUUUCAUUUUUUUAUAGCCUGUAAUUGUUGUAGCGAAACAGGGUCGUAUUAAUUUUUCACCUAAUGGGAGAACAUUGAUCUUUUUUAAAACUUUGAAUGUUUUUGUGCCUUCUGACCAUGACCCUGGUUUGUUGUGUGAUUUGACCCUUUCUUUCCCAAACAUUCGGCAUUAGGACCGUACUUGUCUACAAUAAUAGCAUUGUUUUCAUUUGAGGCGAGGCAAACCAAAUGAGUUACUAAUGACGUGGGAGUGUCAAAAGUUAAUGUAAGGACAACCGAUAAGGAAAGAGUAAAUUUAGGAAUUAGAAAUAAGACAAUUGCUUGUGAAAAUCACUCCCACUGAAAGGUAAACCUUUUUUUGUUGUAUAGAGAAUUAUCAUCAACUCCAAGAUCUAAUGAUUAAGGACUAGUUUAAAUCAUAUCUGCGCUAGCUGACACCCGCAUAGCUGUUGUUUUGGUGGUGUCUGAGGUGGAACUGUGUUGGAGCUGUCAAAUCCACAAGCGGCUGAUGGGGUUUUACCUGAAGCAGACAUUGCCAUUGGAUGUCACAUUAACAGAAAUCCCAUGCAGCUGUGUUACAAUUCCGAACACUGGCAUCUGUGAUGUAAUCUACACCUCGAUUAGGAUGAUAUAAAUCCUUAUUACUUUGUUAAUUUAUUUUCAAUUUGAGCAUCAUUAUUUCUAUAUAGCCUAGACUUUCUCGUUCUGAGCUUCUAACACCGGUGGAAGGGGUGUGGCUUAGAGACCCUGUUAAAGAGCAGCUGCUCAAUGAUUUGACGUCAGAAUUGGCAAAAGGAGUUACCUCAGCGACUUUGAAGGUGGUAUGAUCCUGGGUGCCAUUCGUGCCGAUUGGGCUUUUCACGCACGACAGUGUCUAGGUUUUUACAUAGAAUGGUGCGAUAAAGACCAUUAAGUCAGUGGCAGUCCUGUGGGCUAAACGGCUCGUUAAUAAGAGGCCCGAAGGAGAAUGGCAAGAAUUGUGCAAGCUAACAGGCCGGCCACAAACAGGCAAAUAUCGGGGUAGAACGGCAUCUCGGAACGCGCAACUUCUCGGUCCUUGUCGCGGAUGAGCUAUUGCAGCCGACACUGGGGUUCCACUCCUAUCAGCUAAACACCAGAAGUGAUUACCAACACUGGACAAUUGAGGAGUGGAAAAACAUUGGCUGGUCCGAUGAAUCCCGGUUCCUUUUCCGUCAUGCUGAUAGCAGUCAGGAUUUGGCAUAAGCAGCAUGAGUCCAUGGCCCCAUCCUGCCUUGUGUCAACGGUACAGGCUAGUGGUGUAAUAGUGUGGGGAAUGUUUUUCAGCACACCUUAGGUCCCUUAAUUCCAAUUGAGCAACGUUUGAACAUUUACAACACCUUGUAAGAUCAAUUCCCCGGAGAAGUCAGGGUGUUCUGGUGGCAAAGAGGGGUCCAACCUGGUACUAGAUGGGUGUACCUAAUAAACUGGACGCUGAGUGUUUAUAUGUAUGUCCCAGGCCCAUAGCCCUAAGAAAUACAUCUAUAUAUAAUGUGGAUGAGAAGAAUUUAACAGCAAUGCGGCCCUAGUUUUAUAGGGUUCAGUUUUGUCAUUCUAGAUUUUUUUUUUUGUUAAAGUUUGUGUUGCUAAAUAUUGCAUCACCUGUCCCAAAUUAUGUUAGUUAUUCUAUCAAUGGCUGCAGUGAGCGUAGCAAAACGGCAGAAUCAAGAGUCAAAUCUGAACCAUGUCUAUGCAACAACAAAAAAGGUUGUAAUCAUAAGGCACCAAGUGGACUGAAACCGGGGGGGAUUACCUGGAACUGUCCCAUAAGAAACGCUCAUUCUCAUUACACAUUGCAAAACUUUUUCCUUCGUGUGACCUGAUGAACAUCACCAUGUUGAUUGGCAUUGAAUGAGAUCUACCACUUCUGACCUUUUGUGAACUCUGCUUCUCAGGCAUUUAUUCAACAUGCCUCUCGGUAGCAUUUCUUCGCAAGAACAAUGGCAGUAUAAUCAAGUUAGAUUAAAUAUAGCUUUCUUUCAAGACAUGUUUAGGUCACAGAUGUGUAUUUGCAGUCAAAUCAAGCACCCAAGUGACAUGCGUAAUAUCCUUGUCGUGAGUGACUGGUAUUUGAAUUCAUUUGACACCAACUUACAUACGGAAAGUAUUCAGACCCCUUCCCCUUUUCCACAUUUUCAAACUUUACAGCCUUACAGCCUGCAGAAUUUUUUUUGGUACCCUUCCCCAGAGCCUGGGCUUGAACCCGAUCGAACAUCUCUGGAGAGACCUUAAAAUAGCUGUGCAGCGACGCUCCCCAUCCAACCUGACAGCUUGAGAGGAUCUGCAGAGAAGAAUGGGAGGAACUCCCCAAACACAGGUGUUUCAAGCGUGUAGCGUCAUACCCAAUAAAAUUUGAGGCUGUAAUCACUGCCAAAGGCGCUUCAACAAAGUACUGAGUAAAAGGUCUGAAUACUUAUGUAAAUGGUAUAUUUCCGGGGGGGGGGGGGGUUGUUGUAACUUAACAAAAUGUGGAAAAAGUCAAGGGGUCUGAAUACUUUCCGAAUGACAAUAGUGUUAACCCCAGCCUAGUGGAUGUCUUAGCUGUGAGUGUCUGGGUUGUUUUGGAAAGACUCCUUGAACUUCCAUUAAGAAAGACACUUUUCAUUUAAAAACAAAUAUUUUCAAAACGUCAUGUAUUGUGUGCCGUGGCUGUCUCGUCUCUGAUACCACUUUAUAACUGGGUGUAAAGUCAGGGCAAUUCGACAUCCCAUUGCUUCACUGCAUCCUCAAGACUUCUUGACCAUACACUCAUUCUGGCUCACCACCUCAUAGUGCACUGCCAUGAAGAGUGCUGUUAUUAACAAAUAGCCUUACUCUGCUUAUUAACCACUUUAAAUUAUUGUUCUUUUUUAAAGUAUUGCCAUGUUCCCAGAUCAUAAAGGAAUAAAAUGUACAGACAUGUGUUGGUGUUAACUAAUCAUGUUGAUAGUAUUUUUCAUUGUUAAAGCUCUCUAACAUUUUAAUAAAUAUGAGUUAAUGGUUGGAUACUAGUUAUUUUUUCUUAUGUGAAGAUGAAGGAUCUUUAUCAUGUAAAAUAAUAAUCUAAAUAAACAAAUGGCAACUGGAA